UUUUUAUCUGAGCCCUAUUAUUUUCGGGCCUGCGUUUUUACAUAAUAUCAUAAUAAUGUUAUACGCGCACCGCGCCAGUCUACCACAACAAUUAUAGGUACGCGGUACCCGAUUGCGAUAAUAUCACCGAAAAACCCCCCAAAUCAACCACGGCGAUUUAAUAUUAUUAUUAAUUGUUAUACACGACAUUUUAGUCGGAGCUUGCGGGUGAACGUGUGCGCCCGCCAAAGUCGAAAAACCGACCAGAUCCGAAUAAUUAUCGUACAGAUUAAUAUAAUAAUAUAAUAUUAUAGUAAUUAUUAUCCUCGUGUCAUCUUCGUAUUUAUUCGCGCAUGCACGUGUGCCCGUGUGAUAGAUAAAUGUUCUUUUUUUUCUAAGACACUUAAUAUCGUAUUAUAUUAUUAUAAUUAUUACAUACUCGUCAUAUUUUUGUACGCUGUUAUUGAUUGAAUUUUUUUUUAAUUCGAUUUUGUUUUUAUUUUUAACCAUACUUUUCGGUUUUGGUUCAUCUAUGCAGAAACUCAUAAUACAGAUUUACGAAGCACCAGGGACGUGAUGGGUUUAGAUUUCUUGGAUAAUGGUUCAAUUUUCGAGCACGCCAUAACGUGUGCAGAAUUCGGCCGAUUCCAUUACUUCUUGUUGACGCUAUGUGGUCUCAUCUACAUGAACUGCGCCAUAUCCGUAAGUGUUGUGUCUUUCGUUUUACCUUCGGCGCAAUGUGACUUCAACCUCAGCUCAUCAGACAAGGGUCUAUUGAACGCCGUACCUCUUUUAGGCAUGCUCCUGGGAGCGUACUUUUGGGGCUGUCUGGCUGACAUGCACGGCAGAAAAAAAGCUCUAAUCGCGGCGCUUCUCGUGGAUGGCCUGUUUAGCCUGCUUUCUAGCUGCCUCACUUUCUUUUGGCCAUUUUUGUUCUGUCGCUUCUUCAGCGGUUUCGGCCUUUCCGGAUACUUGGGCAUUUGUUUCUCGUAUUUGGGUGAAUUUCAGCCAAAAAUCUAUAGAGAAAAAGUGCUGUCAUGGCUGGAAAUGUUUUGGACAAUCGGCAUCAUACUGCUACCACUGGUUGCUUGGGGCAUUAUCCCGUUGACGACACACUACACUAUCGCGGGCAUACUCAGGUAUUCAUCGUGGAAUAUAUUCCUAACAUUGUGCUCAUUGCCUAGUAUCUUUUUGGCUUUGUGGUUGACCCAGUUCCCAGAAAGCCCAAAGUUCCUGUUGGAGUGCGGUGAAUUUGAUGAGGCGCUCGAGUGUCUGAAACGUAUUUACACGGAGAAUACGGGCGAACCGGGAGAUGCAUAUCCCGUACGAAGUCUCAUAGAGAACGAAGUCCGGUGCAGCGUGAUCAGUAUACAGUCAAAGCGUUCGUUACGCACCAUGAAGACGGUCAAGACGCCAAAGGACCUCAAAAACUUGUUUAAUGAGGUGUGGUACCAAACUAAAGAGAUGUUCAAACCACCACAUCUUAAGAACACGUUGCUUACGUGUCUUAUACAGUUUGGACUGACUUCCAGUUACUACACGCUUAUGAUGUGGUUUCCGGAGCUGUUCAACAGGUUUGAAACAUUCGAACGCCAAAAGCCUGGCGUAGAAGUGUCAGUGUGCCAAGUUUCAUCAGUGUACAUAGAACACGAUGGUGCUUUGAACACAGCCGACUUGUGCGGAUCGGCGGUCGGUGAAUCCGUGUACACGCACACCCUGUGGAUCGGCAUAGCAUGCAUACCCACAGCGCUAUGGAUGCCUCUAUGCGUGCAUCGGCUUGGCGCUAAGUUCUUCUUGGGUAAUAUUACUAAACUACUCGCCUUUAUUAUGCAUACAUAGCAGGACCUAUUUUUGGAAUUACGGUCACUU